GCCCCGCCGCUCGUAGCCUCUCCCUCCGCUCUCCCCUCCACCCACCUUCGCCAUGGCCUUCGCCACCCGACACUUCAUCCGCGCCGCCUCCUCCUCCUCCGCCGCAGCCGCUACGGCGAGCGCCAAGAAGCUGGUGGUCAAGCAUGUGACGGUCAUCGGAGGAGGCCUGAUGGGUGCCGGUAUCGCCCAGGUUGCAGCAGCCAGUGGCCACACUGUGGUGUUAGUAGACCAGUCAGAUGACAUCCUUAAAAAGUCCAAAAAAGGAAUUGAAGAGAGUUUGAAGAGACUGACAAAGAAGAAAUUUGCAGAUAAGCCUGAGGCUGGUGCUGAGUUCAUUGAGAAGACCUUGAAGAACCUUACUACUAACACAGAUGCACUGUCAGUGGUCCACAGCACAGAUCUGGUGAUAGAAGCCAUUGUGGAGAACCCAGAAAUUAAAAAUGAACUCUUCAAGAGGCUGGAUAAGUUUGCUCCAGAGCAUACAAUAUUUGCAAGCAACACUUCAUCCCUGCAGAUCACACAGCUGGCUAAUUCAACAACCAGGCAAGACCGGUUUGGUGGUCUCCAUUUCUUCAACCCUGUGCCUUUGAUGAAGCUUGUGGAGGUCAUCAAGACUCCAAUGACCAGCCAAAAGACUUUUGAAUCACUUAUGGAAUUCAGUAAAGCAGUAGGAAAGAGUCCUGUCAGUUGCAAGGAUACUCCAGGAUUUAUUGUGAAUCGUCUCUUGGUGCCUUAUAUGCUGGAAGCUGUUCGACUCUUUGAGAGAGGAGAUGCAUCAAAGGAAGAUAUUGAUGUUGCUAUGAAGCUUGGGGCUGGUUAUCCCAUGGGUCCAUUUGAACUGCUGGAUUAUGUUGGGUUGGAUACCAGUAAAUACAUUAUAGAUGGAUGGCAUUCAUUAGAGCCCAACAAUCCUCUCUUUGCACCCAGCCCACUGCUGAAUAAACUGGUAAAAGAAAAGAAGCUGGGUAAAAAGACUGGAGAAGGAUUUUACAAAUACAAUUGAACUCCAAACCUCAAGAGGUGCUAAACUAUGUAUGCUAUUCAGCAUUGCCAUAUUACUGGUGAAUUCUGUUUAAACCUGCCCAAGGAUGGCAGAAGCUGCAUUUUAGAACAUAAACUCCUUCUGAAUGAGUGAUUGCACUAGUUUAUUCCUCUGGUGAGAGCUUGAUUUGGUAGAUUUAUUAUUUUCUUCUAAUUCUGAAAAGCUUUAUAUAUACAGUGCCUUCAUGCAAAUGUUGAUUUGUCAGGUGCAGGACAGAAUGAGAAGUGAAUUUAUAUAUUUGAAGCAUUAUUACAUUUAACAGGGGAAAAAAAAAUCCUGAAAAUAACCACACUUUCUUAAAAAUAAACUUUUCAACAAUUCUGUAUUGAAUGUCAUGGCUUGCAGUCGAGGUGCUUUGUUGUAGUCCACUGGGUGGCAGUCUCUUUUCAGUCUGGGAAAUGCAGUGACAAAAGGCAGUAGAGUGGUUUUGUUAGAAUUUAAGUGCAGUGCUAAUCUGUAGGUGUAAAUUAAGAGUGCCUUGAACAAUACUUUUUUGAGUUACUUUUGCACUUAAAAUCCUGCUGUGGCAGGCUGUGAGCUGGACAGAAGGUUCCCAACACAGCAUUUAAAAACAGAAUUCAUUAUUUGUGUCAGGAUUUUCUGACAGUUUCAAUUACUGGUUGAGGGCCUUCUUCUGCUAGGUACCAUAGGAACAUAAUGAAGAGGUAGUUUCUAUUCUGAAGGGCCAAAUACAUAGAUUUGUUUUUUAAUUAACAGAGCUAGGUAGCUGGUGAAAACUUCAGUCUGCUCUCUAGAAUCUUGUAAAUUGGCUUUAUUUACUGGCUGUUCAUGUAAAGUGUCAUUCUUACACUAUGCUCCUGCUGUAGUUGAGUAUUUUGGAGGACUGACAUUGGAAGCUGUGUUGUAAAAGAAUGGGCACCAGAAUCAUCUCAGGAGUGCUGCAAAUCCUGCUUUUCUCUGAACACUGUCAAGCCAGGUGGGCAUGAGGGUUGGAGUUCCAUAGCCUUCUUUUAUUCUGUGUAUUUUGGAUCUGCAAACCAAGUGCUUAUAUAUAUGUUUUAACUGAAGAAAUUACAAAUAGUUCUUUUGCUCUUAAGCUGCCUCUUCCUCCCUCCCCCACUAUCAAAUUCAGAUUGUAUGUAAAGAAACUGAACCUUGCAGAUGUUUCUUUCCUUUCACAUGGUUACACAAGAAAUCUUUGAGUGGAAAAUAAAAAUUAUUGGUUUAUUUGGU